UUUGUAUGCCACCGACCCAUGACAGCGCAGCAGCAUCAUCAUCAUCUACUUCGACUGUGUGGAAAAGGAACAAAGGAAAGCUAGCAGCGGCAGCGAACGCGUUAGGCGCUUCCACGCCGCCUCGCCCUGCUCCGUCUCUUCAACCAACGCGCACAGGGCGGUCUUUGCUGAGCUAAGUAAACGAAUCGAUCGAUCGCCAAGUUUCCCCACUCGUCGCCAUGGGCGUGAGCAACAACAUCACCGCCUCCCUCAACUUCGUCGGCCUUCUCUGCUCCGUUCCCGUCAUCGGCGCCGGCAUCUGGCUCGCCUCCAAGCAGGACAACGAGUGCCUCCGGCUUGCCCGCUGGCCUGUCAUUAUCCUCGGCGUUCUCCUCCUCCUCGUCUCCCUCGCUGGCUUCGUCGGUGCGUACUGGAACAAACAGGGCCUCCUCGCCGCCUACCUCUUCUUCAUGGUCGUUCUCAUCCUUCUCCUCCUCGCUCUCCUCGUCUUCGCCUUCGUCGUCACCCGCCCUGACGGCUCCUACCACAUCCCCGGCCGGUCCUACCGCGAGUACCACCUCGCCGGCUACUCCGCUUGGCUCCGCCACUACGUCGUCGACCACUGGGCACGGAUCCGCCUCUGCCUCAGUGCCUCCGACGUCUGCCAGAGGCUCGGCCGCGAGCAGCCCUUUCUCACUGUCGAGCAGUAUUUCCAGACCGAUCUAUCGCCUCUCCAGUCGGGAUGCUGCAAACCACCGACGAUGUGCGGGUACGCGUACGUGAACCCGACGGUGUGGAUCAACCCGAGCAACCCCUUGGGGGACGUGGACUGCGCGGCGUGGAGCAACGACCAGGGUCAGCUCUGCUACGACUGCACCUCCUGCAAGGCGGGGCUGCUGGGGAACCUACGCCGCGAGUGGCGCAAGGCCAACGUCGCCCUCAUCGUCGCCGCCGUCGUCUUCAUCUGGAUCUACAUCAUCGGCUGCUGCGCCUUCAAGAACGCGCAGACCGAGGAUCUCUUCCGCCGCUACAAGCAAGCUUACGUAGGACGCUAAUUACUUCAAUUUGCAAGUUUUUGCUUCAGCUUUCUGCUGCAGAUGCUUGAUGUUUCACGGGCGUCAGUAGAUGCUUGAUGCUUGAUCUCUUUGGCACUGUAAAUAGUUUGUUAUGAUCUAUUUCAUAUUUGCUUGAUGAAGCAAAUGUCGGAUGUGGUAAACACUCGACAAUUGUCAUCCCACAGUUUGAUGUAGAUCAUGUGAAAGUAGGUAAUCAGGGUUAGCUCGAUCGUCAAGUUGUUAAGGGAAGAGAAGAGUUUUUUUUAUAUACACUAAUCCGGUUCGGAAUUUGACUCAUACUAAGAUCGGAUGAGA